AUGUACCUCGGGAAAGAACAUAUCUGGGCUCCUGUAGUGACGAGCGACAACUUCAAACAACUGUUUGAUUACCCGACCCAGAAUCUGGUACUUCCAAGUGGUGAGGUUCAAUUCAGCACUUCCACUACUCUGGAAGUGAUCUGUCAACUGGACAUGAAGUACUUUCCUUACGACUCCCAGACUUGUAAAUUCAGCUUUGCUGCGUUCCAGUCUUCCAUGAAAGAUGUGGUGCUCACUCCCGAAUCUGCGUAUCUUGUAGACGAUUAUGUUGAACACGGGGAAUGGGAGCUCACCAAUCUAAAUAGUGGCGUUGUGUACCAUGGAGUAAUUCAAAAUUUACAAUUUUCCAUUGCCUAUUUCGAAAUUACGCUGAAGCGACGUCCAGCUUAUUACUUGAUCAACAUUUUUGUCCCCGUUGGUAUUGUUUCUUUCCUUGGACAGUUAACCUUUUUCAUUCCAAUAGAGAGUGGCGAGAGACUGUCUUAUACACUUAACGUUCUGCUAUCGCUCACUGUAUACUUCACUUCAGUGGCGAGUCUCAUGCCUCGGUCUGCGUCCCCUACCCCAAUGGUGAUGGCCUAUAUGGUUUGCCUCUUCGUCAUCAACACCAUGAGCAUCGCUGCGACAGUUGUCAUCAACAGCAUCCACUGGAGCAAAAUCGUCACCCUUAAGGAUGGCAGAAAAGCAAUGAGAAUUGCGGGAAUUUCCAUACCUAUAAAUAGAAGAGUCUGUUUUCCUGAACGGACACAGCACCAAAACAGUGCAGGAAUUUCCAAAAGAGGAGACAAUGAGAGCGGUGGCAAAAAGGUGGAAGAUGUUCGGAAAGUCUCGAUUUAUAAAAACAAUUAUGAUCUCCUAUCCAUGCCAUCUGAUCGUGUAGACCGUCACGUGAUGAAACACCAAAACAUCAAUGCAGUGUCAGAUAUCAGCCAACCCCAUACAACUAGAAUCACUAAAGUUUUUGCCACUGGUACUUCUGAGUACACCAACACCGAAAACCAACAGGAACAUUGCGAGUUCAAAGAGGAAAUAAAUCUGGAAACUCCAAAUCUUAAGUCUGUGGCAGAAGUAAUUAAUUGGGUCAGCUUCAUGAUCCUGUUUCUGUCAUUUAUCCUUGUUAACGCUAUAAUGGGUGUGAAACUCGUGUAUCAAUAA